AUGGCUGCUUCACUUGGCCUCCUACUAGUUGCUUCUAUAUUGUUAGUUUGUACUCGCCUUCUCCUGAAUUGGAGAAGACUGAGUAAAGCCCCCGGCCCGACACUUGCGGGGUGUACGGAUCUCUGGCGGGCUUAUCAGCAGUGUAACGGGAGAUUAAGAGAGAAGCUAUUGGAGCUACAUUCACAGUAUGGGCCUAUAGUCCGAUACGGUGUUAGGAGCAUCAGCGUCAGUGAUCCGGAGACCAUCAGCACUCUCUACGGAAGUCGAGCAUUCAUCACUGCAGAUUCGUAUAAGGUACUUGCCGGCAUACAAAAUGGAAAGGAGGUGACAAGUCUGUUGGGCACUAGGGAUGAAGCACGCCACAACGUAAUGCGACGAUCAGUUAGCAGUGCCUUUACGCCCACGGCCUCGUUGGAUUACGAGAAGUGGAUCGACGCGACGGUCGAAGAUUUGUUCAGUAUAGUAAGCAAGAAGUCAACCGUCUUUGACCUCUCGUCCAUAAUACUGUGGUAUACAAUGGAUGCGGCCAGUCGGUUCUCGUUUGGAGAGCCACUCGGAUGCCUUCAGGCUGAGGGUGACACAGACGGCACAAUCCAGCUAGUUCGUGAACGAGUCGCUUAUUGGGGGCGAUGGUCUUCACUUCCACAAUUGGAACGGUUGAUUCACCGUAAUCCUGUCGCCAUGUCUCAGGGACGGGCGCCGUCUAAUAUGGCAGGGCGGGCAUUAGCAAAACUCAAGGCAAGGGUGGCUCAAUCGAAAACCGAAUAUGAGCAUCCGGAUCUUCUUGCCAAGUUUCUCCAAGCCAGUAAAGAUCAUCCACAAUUGGACACAACUGGAGUAAUAGGUAUGUUAAUGUCUAUGAUAACGGCCGCGGGCGACACAAUAGCAACGACAGUAACAGCGAUACUCUACUACCUGGUCGUAAACCCGGAGUCACUAAAGAAGCUUGAAGAGGAACUCCUGCAGGCUGAGCUACCGGAAAUUCCCCAAUUUGCGCAAACAAGCAAGUUGCCGUACUUAAACGCCACAAUCAAAGAGGGGAUGCGCCUCUUCCCUGUGAUGAACUGGCCAUUGGAGAGGUCAGUUCCCGCAGGAGGCGCUACUAUUGCAGGCAUGUACUUCCCCAAAGGUACCAGCGUGGGAUGCUCGCCUUUAGCAAUUCAUCAUAACGCCGAGAUUUUUGGCGGGGACGUACACACCUAUCGCCCUGAACGGUGGCUUAUUUCAGACCCGGAGCGACUCAGACGGAUGGAUGCUACUCAUAUGGGUUUCAGUCGUGGGCGUCGCGAUUGUAUAGGUCGUCACAUUGCUGUGUUGCAAAUGAAGAAGGUCAUCCCAGCAAUCAUCAUGAAAUUCAAGCUGAGUCUUGUCGAUCCCGAGGCGUCUUUGGAAGCAGACUUUUCGCCUGGUCUUGUCCAUAUGAAGUCGCUAUACGUUGUGUCGGAAUCAAAGCACUGA